AUGAUGGACUACUCCCUUGCCCAGUUCUAUCAAGAUGUCAGUAAUGGAGCGUUUCAGGUUAUGGUAGUUGAUUUAGACCUCAAUGGGCAGCGGAUAGCGGCGCUGCAGAGAGAACUACAGGGUCGCCCAAAUGACGGGCAUUUGAUGGACGACAAAGCAUUGGAGGAAGCAGUCGAAUCCCAAGACUUCAGAUUCAACGGCAGAGGCUGGACCAGAUUCAAUAUUAUGAUAACGUCAUUUCUGCAGUUCUGCAGAGACGUCGAUCCAUGGUCGCUCUGGCGCAGUUGCGACUUGAUCUUCAAGUUUUACCAAGACUUGGGGAACUGCCUGCUGAAUGAUUCGUACCCCAUCGACCCGCUCGUUCCGCUGUUCACAGAAUUGACAAAUUAUGUGGUAAACUUGGCGACUAUACUUGAUGCGAAUAGCGUGAAAUUGAAUACGAGACCGCAUCAAUUCCUAUCACAUACAUCAGCAGUGAUAUCCAAGGUUUUUAAUAGCGUAAAACCACCAAGAACUAGCGAGGAUGACGUUUCGAAUGGCAAUGCGGUAGGUCUGCCGGAGAAGCAACGCAUUCUGCUGUACCUAGUGAACAAGCUGAAUAACCUGUAUUUCCGAAUCAAAUCGCCGCAGCUAUGUUCGAACAUUUUUAAGAAUUUCAAGCCAAAAGCCAUGACUUCCUCUUUUGCCCAGUACCCGAUCAGAGAGCAAAUAGAGUACCGCUACCUUCUUGGACGAUACUAUCUGCUGAACCACCGGGUUACUAAUGCAUUUGUUCAGUUGAAUACAGCGUUCAGUCAGCUCAUGUUGAUAGCCAUGACCGCAGGACCGGAUUCGCAGCCGCAGAUCAGACGAAAUUUAUCACGAAUAUUGCGUUACUUGGUUCCAGCGGGCUUAAUGCUGGGCAAAAGCCCCAGGAUUGCAUAUUUAAGCGAGAUCGACCCAAGUCUAUCGGAGAAAUACGCAUCCCUGCUUCAUCACAUGCGAAACGGGAACAUCAGGGCUCUGAACGCGUGGCUAGCGCAUCACGAAAACAGUCUACGAAGAGACCAUUUACUCUUGAUCCUACUGGAGAAGCUGCCGAUGAUCUGCUACCGAAAUCUCAUAAGGACGGUGGUUCAAACGUGCACGAUCCCCCAGAAUACCGGGAAAAUCCCUUACGCGCAGAUAGAAGCAGCUUUCAAGCUCUCCAUUGGAGAGCUCACACCAGAAAAAAUUGACAUACACACUGCUAUUCAUCGUCCCGACAACGUGGAGAACGUCCUAGUGACGCUGAUCAAUUUGGGCCUUCUGAGAGGCAAUUGCUUCCCCAUGCUGCGGCUAUGUGUGGUCAAGAAGACUCAGGCGAUCAGGGAAAUACUGCCCUCAAUACAGGAGAGGAUUCUCGCCACAUUUCCACUCAAUUCAGAGGAUUCAUGGCUAGAUGAUUGA